AUGAAUGUAAUCUGUCUUUUGUUUGCCCUAAACUUGGCUCUUGUGAUCGGUAGACCCCAGCUGGAUGAUGCAAAGACCCUGGAAUCAGCACCCAUCACUCCAGAAGCGUCUUUUAUUAUCCGUUCGGUGGGUGCAUGCAAAUUAAGGGAACGGAAGAUACUAUUUGCUGAAUAUGAAUAAUAGAUGUUCUAAUGAAUACAAGUCUCCUCUUCUCAGACUUUUGUUUUUCAGCGUGCGAAACGGGCACUCUUACGCAGUCAUUGGCAUGGCCGACACACGGACUACUCCUUAGAGAGCGCAGAACAUAAGAUUAUUAGAAGAACCUGGUAA